UCCGUAUUGUUGUUCGCAAAGCAUGCGCUUUUCGGCACAUGUGGUCCGUUGAAGGCAUGAGGUGAAGGUCGUGACUCUCGCGAUUGUCACUGCUUGGUAAAUAUAGCUCUGAAGAGGGCUAUAAAGUUAGGGCGUGCCAGGCCAUCAGCCUGUCAAUUGAUUCUUGUAUAUUGCUAUCAGCAUGCCUGCAACAACAUCGGUCAAACUCAACACUGGAGCAGUUAUGCCCACGGUCGGUCUUGGCACAUGGAAGUCCAAGCCCGGCCAAGUCGAACAUGCUGUUGAAUUCGCCCUGAAGAAUGGAUACAAGCAUAUCGACACUGCCGCUGGAUACCAGAACGAAACAGAAGUCGGACAGGGGAUCAAGGCGUCUGGUCUGCCAAGAGACCAAAUGUUUCUGACUACGAAGCUUGAUAAUACCGACCAGAGGCAUCCGGCAAAAGCUCUUGAAGCAUCACUCAAGAAACUUGAUACUACUUAUCUAGACCUCUGGCUCAUGCACUGGCCAGCUCCCAUGACAAAAGAUGGCCAGGCGGACAAGGGACACGACUGGUUGGACACCUGGAAAGCUAUGGAAGACCUAUACCUUGCUCACCCAGAGAAACUGAAGGCUAUUGGUGUUUCCAAUUUCUCCGUGGAGUACUUUGAACGUUUAUUGAAAGUUGCACGCGUCGUACCGGCCGUGAACCAGAUUGAGCUCCACCCUUCGUGUCCUCAAGAUGACGUCGUCGAGUACUGCCAGAACAGGGGAAUCGUGAUGACAGCUUAUUCUCCAUUGGGAUCCGACAAUUCCCCCUUGUUGAAAAACGAGACUGUUACAAAAAUUGCAGCGAAGUAUGAUGUGCAACCUGCCAAUGUGUUGAUAUCCCUUCAUGCAAACAAGCCCAUGCACACCGUGCUUCCCAAAUCCGUGACCAACGAGCGUAUCUUGAACAAUGCGAAGAUCAUAGAUUUGACUCCUGAAGAGAUUGGCGAGCUUCAUGAUAUUGAUAAAACACAUCAUUUCCGUGCUUGUCACCCUUCUUGGACAGGCUUCGGUGGUCUUGGAUUCCCUGAUUGCAAAUAGAUUUAUGGGUAGUCGAUGUGUAGACGCAGGGGGUGGGCCUGCAAGACGACUUGGAACUUGACGGGUAAAUAAAUGUAUUACUUUUCGUGAUCUCGACACUAUUCACCUGAGCAGCUACUGCGAACAUUACGGUUUAGUAUCCCAUCCGCAAAA